AUGUUAGCCGAUGAUUAUUGUCAAGCCGGCUUUGAGCAACUGGCCCUAAAUCAUAGAACAGGUGGCCAAGCGAACUGUAUUUCAUUUCGCAAGAGGAUUGCGCUUGCAGAUGAUGUUGACGUGGUCAAAGCCAUCAGUGGCACAGAAGAGAUAUCCGAGCAUGACAAUGAAGUUGAUCAGGUGGCGUUGGAAUCGGAAUCGGAACCACAACAGCCGCCAAAAGUGCUAUACCAGCACAACAUACAGCAGCAGCAACCGGGACCGGCCCGAAGCAACCAUCAGAGCAUUCCCUUGAGUCUUGGACAACCCUUCGGUCCACCACCACCACCCGCUCAACUAGCCUACCAGGGUCCACCGCCGCCAUUGCCACCACAACGGCCACCGCCACAGCAAGUGCAUGCGCCACAAGUGCUGCCCGAUUUGAGUGUUGGCGCCUCGAGCAACAACGAAAUUUGGUCUUCACCAGUGCAGGAUAUGCCAAAGAUUAUCUCGUUGGAUGUGAAGUGCGAAAAGAAUGGCAUGAAAGUCUUUGUGAAAUUCGAUAAACCUUUCUACGGCAUUGUUUUCUCGAAGGGACAUUACAGCAACAUGAAUUGCGUGCAUUUACCCUCUGGAUUGGGACGCACAUCGGCCACAUUCGAUAUUGGACUGCAUGAGUGCGGCACUUCGGGCAACACAGAAAACGGCUUGUAUGGCUAUGGGCAUGAGUCGGGUUCGGGCACCUAUUUCGAAAAUAUCAUCGUCAUACAGUAUGAUCCACAAGUGCAGGAGGUGUGGGAUCAAGCGCGCAAGUUACGUUGCACUUGGCACGAUCAAUACGAGAAAAGCGUAACAUUCCGUCCGUUCCCCGUCGAUAUGUUGGAUGUGGUGCGCGCAGACUUUGCAGGUGACAAUGUGGGUUGUUGGAUGCAGAUACAGGUUGGCAAGGGACCAUGGGCUUCCGAGGUGUCGGGAUUGGUGAAGAUCGGCCAAACGAUGACAAUGGUGUUGGCUAUCAAGGACGAUGACUCUAAGUUCGAUAUGCUUGUACGUAACUGUGUAGCGCACGAUGGCAAGCGUGCACCCAUACAAUUGGUAGAUCAACGCGGUUGCGUCACGCGACCAAAGCUUAUGUCACGAUUUACGAAAAUCAAAAAUUUCGGCGCCUCCGCUUCGGUACUCUCGUACGCGCACUUCCAAGCAUUCAAGUUCCCCGAUUCAAUGGAAGUACAUUUCCAGUGCACAAUACAAAUCUGUCGUUAUCAGUGUCCCGAUCAAUGCUCUGAUCCCAAUUUGCAAGAAGUUCAUCACUUACAAGUUGGUCCGGAGUCGCAAUAUGGACCACCACCACCGCAAUUGCACGUUGACACCUACCAUGUGAGCAGCGGCAUUGGAAAGCGAAGGGACGAGCGACGCGUCCAACGUCGUACGCGUGCCGUCGAUCCAGAGCAGGAAGUUGGACUUAAUCGUAUUAUCAAAGUCGUCUCGUCGGGUGACCUCACCUUCGCCAUUGACGAUCAGAUGAACGGCACAACAGCGGCCACACCGCAAACGAUGGUAUUUCCAGCGCGCGAAGACGGACUCAUCUGCAUGACGACGCCCGGUUUCGCGAUCACACUGAUCAUACUGCUCGGUAUUCUAAUAACAUCCUGUCUAAUAUCAGCUGUGCUGUAUGUGCGCUUGCGGCCAUUCUCCACAUUCAGCCAUUCGGAGAAGGAACGUGCGGUGGCCUACACAAAUCCGCAAUUGACUGGCGCUUUGCCGGUCAUUCAAAUACCAGGACCACCGCCAACUGUUGCCCACACUGGUACACUCACCAAAUCCCGAACGCACACAUGA